AAAACAAAGUUGAAAACAAUAUGAGUACAGUUUGCAAAAAAAAAGGCAAAAACCCAAAAAGAAAAUUACUGACUUUCUAAGGUUACUACGGUAUGGCAAAAAAACAUAUGUGAGUGGACCGUCCUUGAAAGGCUUAAGAAAAAACAGGGAAGUGAAAUAACAGCUACCUUCGAGGUACUGUGAAGUUAGCUAACAGCAGAGCAUGUUAAAACCAUAAAUCACUCUGCAAAUGCAGUGUUAUAUAACUCACAGUGACAGAUGAAGGUGGUAUCUCGAGGUAGAGUCUGCUCAUGGUUCUACAUGUGCAAAUAAUGCAUUUCCUCCAAAUGGAGUGAAAAUAGAAAUGGAGGUAAAUUGCCCUCUUUCAGUGACAUGUUUUUUCCAUCAAUCAAAUCUAUCACACAGUGGAGUACAGUGAGAGGCCAUAUGCACAUGAGCAAAGGAGUAUUUGCUAUGAAUCCUUUAUCUGAAUUUUACUUGGAGGGAGAAUCUGUUGUAUGACUUCAUAGUCAUGCCAUAGCUGUACUCAGCCUGAUGACACUCUUUUGUUUCCAGCUUUGGUCUAGAUUCUAGAAUGAGUUUUGGUCAUCCUUAGGAAUCAGAUCCACUUUCAGAAGAUGAGAACGCCCCAAUUUUACAAAUGCGAAAUUGUAGAGAGUUUGGAAAACACACAAUUUGUAAUACUAGAGUUACACAAGUGACCUUCUUAUGUCUAUGGCAGACUACUUUGAAUUGGACAUUUAUUUUUAUACAAAACUUUAUUUAUUAAACACUUACUGAGCUUGCUGUGAGUACAAGUCAGCCAAGCAUACUGAAUGCAAACAUUUAAUAAUUCAGAGUUGCAGCCUUGGUGCAGCUUAUGCCAGUGUGUUUGUGAAAAUCCUUGUAUGUUCAAAAACCUCUUGCUAUGUGAUAGUCAGGAUUCUGGACAGUAAGGCAUACACAGACAGAUCUGAUACUUACUGGCCCUGUUGCUUUUCUAAGCCUUAAUUUGAAAUCUGUAAAAUAAGUUAUUUACUCACACAUUGGUUUUGAGAGGUACCCGGGUAAAAUUAAAUUCAUCACCCCAAUGACAGGUACAUAGUAAGCACUCAAUCAAUAAUCACAUGAGAUUUUUAAAGAUUUAUUUUUUGUCAGAACAUUUUUUAACUGCUCAUAUUUUUGUGUUUAUUUUCCUUCGUUUGGAGGAGCAACAAGAUACUUAUUUCCAUAUAUAGAUGCCAUUUCUAUAUCAUCUCCCACAGACUUAAAGAUGCAUUCCAUUUGUUCAAUCCAUGUUUAAUGAGCAACCACUUAAUGCAAGAAAACUUUAUGUGUUAAAAUAUUGAAACCUCUCAAGAAACCCGAGAAGUAGGUAUGGAUGGCUUCAUUUCACAAGGGGCGAAACGGAGCCUCAGAGACGUUGAUUGGCACAACCUCCUCCGCACAGAGUUGACACUUGAAGAAAAGGUGCCUCUAACGUGGAAGCCCCUGCUCUGCUUAGUACAACACAGUGUCUCCCAGUCUCCCCUUUCAUCGGGGAGAGAAGGUAAGGAUUACAGCGGCUUCGGCUUCUGUCUCCACGCCCACGUCAUUGUGAGCUGGCUGUUCGGCCGUUGGCGCCCCCACGGCUCGGUGACCACGGCGGCAGCGAUGAUUGCGCUGUGGCGGAAAGCAUGGGACUACGUGAAGACCAAGGAGUUUCGGGAUUAUGUGACCAGCACACACCUUUGGGGUCCUGUAUUCAACUGGGGCCUGCCGCUGGCUGCCUUUAAGGACAUGAAGGCGUCCCCGGAGAUCAUCAGCGGCCGCAUGACCACGGCGCUCAUCUUCUACUCGCUGGCCUUCAUGCGCUUCGCUCACCGCGUGCAGCCUCGCAACCGGCUGCUGAUGGCCUGCCACGGCACCAACGUGGUGGCGCAGAGUGUGCAGGGCAGCCGCCUGCUCAUCCACCGCUACGGCGGCGUGAAGGCGGCUGCUGACACCGACACUGACACCAACACCGACACCAAAGCCGACACUGACACCACGGAGUGCGAGAGCGAGUACCUCUGCGACCCUGGGGAUUGCGGCUUCUUCUAGGUGGCCGCCAGCCCCCACCUGCAGGCCCCGACAUGAGAUUCACAAAGGCUGAGACGGCCCUAUCGAAUCUUGGCAGCUUGCCAGCUCCCAACUGUUAUUCUUCCGAAAGACGAAUAAAAGUUUGGGUUUGACUCUAAGAUAGUGCAAAUCUCAUUUAAACCUGCAGGUUGGUUAAUAAAAAAUAGAAAGUAGCACAGAAAAAGAAAAUAGAGAAAAAGAUAAGGAUUUGAAUAUCAAUUGUGUAA